CUGCUUUCUUAUAGCUGCUGUAUGCCUGUUUCAUUUACACUCACACACUGCGAAGCAACGGAAGCACACAAGUGUCAACAAUAUGAGUUUCAGAGAGGGAUGUAAAGUACAAGAAGUCCCCUUCAUAUUUCUUCUGGUUCCUUCUACUUAAAUCCUGUCUCGAAAACAUAUCUCUUUCAAAGGUUUAAUCGCAUUAACAGAUCUUGAUGGAGUUGUUUGGAUUGUCUCCAGAACACUUAGGAUAAACAGCCAACUUGUGCUUUGGAUUCGUGAUGAUGUCUUCAAAUACCUGAAAAUUUAACUCCACAUGUGAGGCUGCAUAUUAAUACGAGAAACACACGGUGGAAAUGACACGUAAAACUGAUGUUUAUUUAUUCAUUUUCUCAAAUGACAUGGAUUAAUAAUGCCCGGCAUUGAACUGUAAAGCUUUCAAAAACUCUCUGGACAUGACUUUCCCUUUAGGGGCUCAUGUGUCAAGGAACGUCUUCAUCUAUCACGGCUUUUUCUUGACAGUACUUUUAGUCGUUUCUUUUUUGAGCGUGAUGGCUUCUGCGUGUCCCAAAAUCUGCCACUGUUCUGAGAGGAACGGAUUGACUGUAGUGCAGUGCUCCUCUCGAAACCUGGAGGAGAUACCUCCUGACCUUCCCCAAGACACCGUAUCCCUUCUUCUCUCCUCGAAUCACAUCACCAAAAUCCCAAACCAGGCUUUCAAAUACCUUCCCUGGCUCCAAGAGCUGGACUUAUCACGGAACGCUAUCGAAACAGUGGACGCUGGAGCUUUUCAUGGUGUCGCCGAAAGCUUGCAAGCCCUCGACCUGUCCCAUAACCACAUGCGAAGCGUACCCAAGGAAGCCUUCGCUCGGCUUCAUGCCAAGAUCAGCCUGUCCAACAACCCGUGGCACUGCGAGUGUCAGCUGCAGGAGGUGUUGCGUGAACUCAAGCUGGAUCCGGAGACGGUGAACGAGGUGAGCUGCCACACGUCCGUUCAGGAGGAGUACGCGGGAAAGCCGGUCAUCCAAGUUUUGGAUUCUGGGAUUAACUUUUGUAACUUCCACCAUAAGACUACAGACAUUGCCAUGUUUGUGACCAUGUUCGGUUGGUUUACGAUGGUCAUCGCUUAUGUCAUCUAUUACGUACGGCACAACCAGGAAGAUGCCAGGAGACAUCUGGAGUACCUUAAGUCUUUGCCAAGUAGCUCCCAAAUUAGUAAGGACUUUGACACAAUCAGCACUGUUCUCUAGCAUCAGUCAAUGUGGCCGUGGGAGUGAAUGUGUUUGGCACCAAAAUGAUGGCACACAACAGCGAGCCUUAUUUCCAUUUGCUUAUGAAGGAUCAUAAUUGAUUUUGAUUAUUUGGUUCGACUGUAUACGGGUUUUAGCACAAUGAAUGUUUUGUCAUGCGAUGUUCCCAUUCAUACUUUUGCAGUCGACCUUCAUGGCCACUUUGUGUCUCACGACAUGUUCUGCAGAAGCUUCACUUACUCUGCAAGUGCUUAAAUCUCAUUAUCCCCUGAACUGAUUUCUGAAAUGACACUGAAUUACCAUACAAACUGAUGGGAGAUCUAAAUGCUGGAUUCUGGCCUUAUACACAUAGUUUUCAGAACCAACUACUGCCAAAAAACUAAAGUUGGACAACUUGCCCCGUUUUUGACUUUGACUUUACGCUCAAGUGCCUACAUCCCGGUACCUCAACACCAAUACACUGUGCAUUGGGUAUUAUUUGGCUUGCUUUGUUCCUCUGCAAUUACAGAAAUACAACCCCAA